UAACAACAACAACAACAACUCUUGCUGGCUCCACACUUUGUCCUGAACUCUGCCUACAUCCUCUCUGUCUGUCCUAUUUAUCUUAUAUACUCUUCCUUCUUCAUCAUCUUUUUCUUCUUGUUCUGCUUCUUCUCAUAGUAACAAAUGGAAGAAGGUGGUGAAGAGGGGAAGAAAGGGAGAAGGAAGUGGAGAAGUGGUUGUAGUAGACCAAUGGGUGUGAAACCACAGCAACCUGCAACACUUGUGAAGCUUUGUCACUCAACUUCAUACCCAGCUCUUUUGCCUCUCCCUCUCCAUCUCCCAUUGCCACCACCUUUGUUGCUUCAUCUUCCUUCUAAGCCACUUGUUCAUUAUGGGACUGGUGCUAGGAGGAGUACUAGCCAUGCUCAAGAUGGCAGGGUUGCCACUCUUUUGCCUCUUCCUCAUGCUGUGAAUGUGAAAAGCGUAUCUAAAGAGUGUCAAAGAAAGCCAAUGCCCAUCAAUCCAGAAGCAAUGUUGGUAGCUCCUCGGCCGGACUCCGGUGGCACUGAAGGCCUUCAAGUGUCUCUCCUUGCUAACCAUUUUCUUGUAAAAUUUGAUUCUAAGCAAAGGAUUUUCCAUUAUGAUGUCGAUAUUACUCCUAGGCCAUCGAAAGAACUUAGUCGAAUGAUUAAGAGAAAGCUUGUGCAAGAGAAUUCCGAUGCUCUCUCCGGGGCACUUCCCGUGUUCGAUGGCCGAAGGAAUUUAUAUAGUCCUGUUGAGUUUCAAGAUGACAGGCUUGAGUUCUUCAUUAGUCUACCUAUACCGAUUACUCGAUCUUCUCCUCCUAAUGGAGGUGUUUAUAAUAUGUUUGAGACAUUGAAGAUAAAGACUAAGCUUUUCAGAGUGAACAUUAGACUUGCUUCGAAAAUUACCGGCGAGGAUUUGGAUAAGUACUUGAGGGAGGAAAAGGAUGGCAUUCCACUUCCACAAGAUUAUCUUCAUGCAUUGGAUGUUGUUCUUCGUGAGAGUUCAUCGGAGAGUUGCAUUUCGGUUGGACGAGCAUUGUACUCUAGUUCAAUGGGAGGAGCUAAAGAUAUCGGUGGAGGAGCUGUAGGAAUGAGAGGGUUCUUUCAGAGCCUAAGGCCGACAAAACAAGGCCUUUCCCUCAAUGUCGACUUUUCUUUGAUGGCGUUCCAUGAAAGCAUCGGUGUUAUUCCUUACCUUCAGAAGCGAUGUGAUUUCUUGAGAGACCUUUCUCAAAGGAAAACCAGGGGAUUAACAAGAGAAGAGAAGAAGGAAGUCGAAAAAGCUUUGAAGAACAUCAGAGUGUUUGUUAAUCACCGUGAAACCAACCAGAGAUACCGUGUUUAUUGCUUGACCGAAGAAGUCACGGAGAAUCUCAAAUUUAGAGAUAGAGACGGCAAGGAUUUGAUGCUGGUAGACUAUUUCAAGGAUCAGUAUAGCCUCGAUAUACAAUAUAAGAAUUUACCAUGCUUGCAGAUUAGUAGAAACAAGCCGUGUUAUCUUCCGAUGGAAUUAUGUAUGGUUUGCGAAGGCCAGAAAUUUCUCGGCAAGCUCUCUGAUGAGCAGACCGUCAAGAUACUCAAAAUGGGGUGCCAAAAGCCGGCCGAGAGAAAAGAUAUUAUCAAUGGUGUGAUGGGAGCUAAAAUUGGCCCGCUAAGUGGUCCGUAUGCAGGUGAAUUCAAACUUAAUGUUUCAAGAGAGAUGACGAAACUGUGCGGAAGAGUCCUACAACCACCGAAGCUAAAACUUGGUGAUGGAGGAAAUGUUAGAGAUAUAACACCGAAUCGAUAUGAUCGGCAAUGGAACUUGCUUGAUAGUCAUGUUGCUGAAGGCUCUAAAAUUAAGAGAUGGGCAUUGAUAAGUUUUGGUGGCAACAUGGAGCAGCGAUCGUGCAUCCCCCGAUUUAUUAAUCAGCUUUCUACUAGGUGUGAGCAACUCGGCAUUGUUUUGAACAAGAACACGGUGAUCAGUCCGCUAUUUGAGCAGAUUCAGGUGUUAAACAAUGUGUCGGUAUUGGAAGACAAGCUCCGGAAAAUACAUGAAGUUACAUCAAACAACUUGCAGUUGCUUAUUUGUGUAAUGGAGAAAAAGCACAGGGGUUAUGCCGAUUUGAAGAGGAUCGCUGAGACGGGGAUCGGUGUAAUGAGCCAGUGUUGUUUGUAUUCUAAUAUAAGCAGGCUUAGUUCGCAGUUCCUUUCGAAUCUUGCCCUCAAGAUAAAUGCAAAGCUCGGUGGCUGCAAUGUAGCACUUUACAACACUUUACCACGCCAAAUACCCCGGCUUUUUAUGGAUGAUGAGCCAGUGAUUUUCAUGGGAGCCGAUGUCACUCAUCCGCAUCCGCUUGAUGAUUUCAGUCCAUCAGUCGCCGCUGUUGUCGGAAGCAUGAAUUGGCCUGCGGCAAAUAAGUACAUUUCAAGGAUGAGAUCACAAACACACCGCCAAGAAAUCAUCGAAGAAUUAGAAGAGAUGGUUGUAGAGUUGCUCGAGGAAUUCUAUCUUGCAGUUCAUCAACUUCCGAAGAUAAUAAUUUUCUUCAGAGACGGUGUGAGUGAGACACAAUUUAGCAAGGUUUUGAAGGAAGAGUUGCAAGCGAUUCGAAGAGCGUGCUUGAGGUUUCCUGCCUACAAGCCGAGCAUUACGUUCGCUGUGGUUCAGAAGCGACACCACACAAGACUCUUCUUGAAUGAUAAGAAUGGAUCAUCAUCCAACCAUUUCUCUGACGAAAACAUACCACCGGGGACUGUUGUCGAUACUGUGAUAACUCACCCAAGGGAAUUUGAUUUCUAUCUGUGCAGUCAUUGGGGAGUGAAAGGCACAAGCAGGCCUACACAUUACCAUGUUCUAUGGGAUGAGAACCGAUUCAAAUCCGAUGAAAUUCAGAAGUUGAUACACAAUCUCUGCUACACAUUCGCAAGAUGCACGAAGCCGGUUUCUCUUGUACCUCCAGCUUACUACGCGCAUCUCGCAGCGUAUAGAGGUAGAUUGUAUCUCGAUCGAACAGACUCAAUGUCUUGUUCAAGGACCACAUUAUCAAGAACAAGUCCUUUACGCACUGCGCCAUUGCCAAAGCUUCGAGACAAUGUUAAACGUCUUAUGUUUUACUGCUGAAUCUACUCUGAUGAUCAAGGUAUAUAUAUAUAUAUAUAUCUCUCAGAAGCUUUAGUUCUUGUGUCGGAGAAGGUGUGCAGGAAAAUGAAAGCUUAAUACAUUGAAUGUUCAACUUCAUUGA